AUGCUCGUCGUCUCGCGAUUGUUCCAGGAAUACUGGCUCCCGCUGCCCCAGUGCGACGACGACAUCGACACGUGGAGGACUACGACUUUGAGCCUGUGCAGGACCACGGACGGCGAGAUGGCCUUCCACCUCCUCGUCAACCGCGUGUGGCUCGGCGGCAUCGAGGACGAGGUGUGGGAUAUCCUGCACGGCCUCAUCCCGGACUUUGACGGCACUGGUGUGGAGAUUGUCUCGCUGUAG